AUGAGUUGGUUUGGAUCAAGUGCAAUAGACAUCGAUCUCAUGAUCAAGGAAACCUGUUCGGAGGCUAUUCCUGACGGAGAAAUUGAUUUGAUUAAAGGAUUUGAGAUUAUUGAUCUACUCAAGAUUAAGAAAGUUAAAGCCAAGGAAUUUUUAAGGGCUUGGGAGAAUAGAAUUAUCAACAACAGAAAUCCGAAUAGCCAAAUUAAGUUACUAAACCUUGUUGAUUUAUGUAUUAAGAACGCGGGUAUUAAUUUCUCAUUGGAAAUAUUUGCUGGAGGGUCAACCAGUGGUUCAGAAAAUGAUUUUGCAUCAUCUUAUGGGACUAUUCAUAACCAAUUUUUAAAUAAGUUGCUAUUUAUUCUUCAUAACUCAAAAACUAGCGAUUUGGUUAAAGACAAAGUUUUGGAAUUGAUUGAAGUUUGGCACGCGUUGUUUUCACAAAAUUCGAACUUGAACCACAAUAUUAAGUCGAUAUACAAAACUUUGAGAGACGAAAAUUUCAAAUUCCCAGAGAUCAGUGAAAAAAUCAUUCUCAAUGAAAAAUUUCUAGAAUCCAAAGUCCCUCCAGCUUGGGUGGAUUCUGACUCCUGUAUGAUUGGAUUUGAGCCAUUUACAAUGUUGAAUAGAAAACAUCAUUGUAGAAAUUGUGGUGGGGUGUUUUGCCAUGAUCACUCUUCAAAUACCACUGAAAUUCCAAUGAUUGGAUUGAAUGAACCUGUCAGAGUUUGCGACUCAUGCUACCAACAAUUAACAUCCAAGCCAACAUCCAAGACCCACAGUAAACACCAUCAUAAGCACCGUUCAUCCAGAAAUACCUUUAUAGAAGACGAAGAAGAUGAAAUGUUAAAGAAGGCUUUAGCUUUGAGUUUACAAGAAUCACAGGCUCCAAAUCAGCCAAAGUAUUCAGGGGAACAGAAUGUGAGUGCCUCCGGUAAGACCGUUGAUGACGAAGAUGAAAAUGUGGAAGAGAAUUACCUGGACGAGGAUAUGAAGGCGGCUAUAGCUGCUAGUUUGAGGGAUAUGGAGGAGCAGAAGCAACCACAUAGGAUAGAUAACAAGUUGUACGCGGAUUCUAAUCGCCAAGAGCCUCCACAGCCAUACCAACAGCCAUCAAUUUAUGAGCCAAUUUUGAAUCGUGAAUUAGAAUCGAGAGUUUCUUCAAAGGAAGAGGAGUCAAUUUCCUUGUUUUCACAAUUGAUGGGAAAUCUUAAACAAAAGCAAAUGAUUGAUAGUAAUGACAACCAAGUGUUACAAAAUGAGGAACUCCAAUCAUUGUAUACUGAGAUCAUCAAGUUGAAAACAAAAUUGGGUAGAAAUAUCAAUGAAGACUUGGGAAAAUAUGAUCAAUUUAUUGAUUUGCAGGCGAAGAUGAAUACGAUUGUGAGACUUUACGACGGUUUGUUAGAAAAAAGAUUGAAGCUUAGAGGCUAUAGUAGAGAAUCGUACUCCGUUCCAAGUUAUCCUGAACAAUAUCCUUCAAAUAUUCCUGCGUUAUCAAAUAACUAUACUGGAAUGGUACAGCAACCAAUCUACACGGGGAGUCCUGCAAUCGUUGAAACAGGUGCUACACAAGAGAUACCAAAUAACUAUACUGGAAUGGUGCAGCAACCAAUGUAUACGGGAACUCAACCAAUUUUUGAAAGAGGUUCUAUACCACAAAUAUCAAACCAGAUUACCCCACAACCAACGCAAACACAUACGCCAUUCGUCCACAAUCCUUAUAUGGAAUAUCAAACCCCAUCACCAGCACAAUAUGCUGUCCCAUCAGAACCUUCUUAUCCACCUGAACCACAAACAGAAAUGAUCCAAGAAGCACCAGUGGAUGUCGCUCAAGCUCAAGAAACUGCUGAGCCAUCCCAACCUAUCGAAGUUCCUCAAUAUCCUUCCUAUCCACCUGAAGUACAACAAGAAAUGACUCAAGAGGCGCCGUUGGAUGCAUCUCAAACUCAAGAAACUGUUGAGGCAUCGCAACCUGUUGAGCUUCCACAAUAUCCUACAAAUCCACCAGAAAUUCAAAACCUAGCGCAAUAUCCCUCCCAGUCAGCUCAACCAGUUCAACCAGCUCAGUCAGUUCAACCAACUCAACCAGUUCAGCCAGUCCAACAAGCCCAACUUACGAAGGUACCUACGCCUUCUGAGCAACAUAGAGCUUUGGAUUACAAUAAUUAUUCAAAUAUGUUUCCAAGUGCACCAACAGACAAUAUUGAGCCACCUCAAUCACAAUUACAACAAAAUACAGCUCCAAGGGAAGAGGCAUUAUUGAUUGAAUUAUAG